AUGGAAGCACACCAUAGAACAGCAAUUCCCAGCAUUCAAUUGGAGCUGCGUUUUGACAACCAGCCAAUCCGCACCCUGACAGUCCAGCACGUGACGUGGAGUAAGUUCCUGCUGUGGCUUGAGGGAAACAGAUCGACAUUCAGCCACGGGAGAAUCGCACUUUGCGGGUAAGUCCAGACAUUUGGCCUCAGCGGGUCUUCCUGGGGGCGAACCAGGGGCCGUUCUGGGGGGUUUACCGGAGGUUUCUGUCCUCUGCGGCGUUAAACGGGCUUGUUUUUCGGCGGGAAGGAGCUGUCGUACGGGGUAGGCCUCCGCUGUUUCCUGGUGCAGCUCCACAGCUGUGCUGCUGGAAUGGCAGAGUUGGAAAAGUUCAGUUCAGGGUUCUGCUGGAGCUCCGAUCCGGAUCAGUUCGCCUGAUCCCGGCCUCCGAGAGCGGGUUCAAACCGGAGACCGACCCUGGUCAGAGGCAGAGUCUGUUUAGAGAGCUAAGGGAGAGUUAGAGAGAGUAUUAAUGUGUUUAUACUGACAGAGAGGAGCUGCUCCAGACCCGCACACUGUCAACAGGAUAGACCUGGACCAGCCUGGAUCAGCCUGACUCUGCUCAAAAUGACUACACACUCUCUGAUAAGACUGUUAAUAACCUAAUUGAAUUAUUUUAAUACCAUAUUCAUUUAUUACAGCCAAUAGAUACACCCUAAAUGACCCUGAAUCAACGGGACCCUGAUCAAACUACAGCCCAACCCUCUCUGAUCAGUCUGUUUAUUCCCAGUUGAAGUCACUUAAUACCAUCACGUGAUCUGCUGGCUGUUUGAGGUAAACUCAGGUGUGUGCAGGUGAUUUUUCUGCGGUCUCUAUAAUGUUUGAUCUGAUGAUUGUCAGCUGCAGGUGUAAAACAGCUCUGGUGCUGAUUUAGUAUGAUGUGCAUGGUGAGUUUACCUGCUGCUUCAGCAUGUGCAGACAGAUCAGUGGAGUCAGAUUUUAACACACAUGUAGAUUUCUGACACACACCCGGGUUCAAAUUUAACUAGCUGAUUCACCAGCUAAGUUAGCAGGUGGAGGAGAAAAUUCACCAGCCUAAGUACUGACUGUUUAUGUGACAGAGAAAGCCUGUAUUAAUUCAGAUCAUCACAUGUAAAAUUCAGUCUGAAGGAGCAAAAACUGGAGUUGAAUUUCUGUUUUUGAUCAUAUUAAUUCAGAAUAUUUGUCCUGUAUUUGUGUAAAUGUCAGACUCUGAUGGAUCUAUAUAUACUGACAGACAUCGGUAAAACACACAACACAGCACUUUUUAAUGAUUGAAAAUCUGGUCAAAUGAUCUUGAACUUUUAUCUUUUAUUGAUAAAAGUUCAAGUUCAUUUGACUGUUUGGAUUUAAACAUGCAUGUAGCAUGAGAGGACCAGAGCUUGUACAGUCAGCCAGAGUAAGAAACAGUCAGUUCAGGAGGUCAUAAACAUCUGUAUGUAUCAUGUUGUGAAACAGUUUGAUGCUCUCUGUAUGGCGCCACGCUGCUGCUGUCUCUGCUCGUGCUGUCUGCUGUCUCUGCUGCUGUUCUCUUUCAGUGUUUCUGAAUCAGUCCAUAAUGACACUGACCUCUAUGCAGUGAGAUUCAGGUCUGGUUCUUCUUGGUUUUGCUAAAACUGGUCUAACAGUGGAGUUUUUGAGUGACCUCACCUCCUCAUGCCCGCAUGUACCUUUUUCUACUGCUCAUAUUAAAGUCCAGGCUGCUGUGUUUAAAUGAUUAGGCUGUUGUUUAGCUGACUGCUGGUUCACAGGCUGUGUCAUAUUGAUAAAAUUAUUAUCUGGAAAACAAACUAUAUAUGCAUUUUUUGGAGCUACACAUGAGGACAGGAAUGUUAAAUGUGGUGUCCCUCAGGGCUCAGUCUUAGGGCCUCAACCUUUUCAUUUUUACAGCAAUAAUAUGCCAGUGUGUGGAGUUUCAAAAUGUGUCUGAUAUUAAUAGAUGACGUCUAAGGUUAUUGGGACUAAUUAACAUUUAAUAAUUUAAUGAAAUGACAUUAAAAUAUGUUAAUUUUUAGGUGUGAUCAGGGAUGAUAAAUAUAUAAAGCUCAUAUAUCACAGUGAGAAACACAGGUGUGUGAGAAUAUCUCUGUUUUCAACUAAGAACAAAGUUUCUUGAUAAGGUAAAUGAAGCUUUUAAGGUUUUUUGUUCUCUGCUUAUUUUACAGUAUUUUACUCUCUUUAUCAUCACAAGUUCAAGUCCAGAACCAACCUGAAUAUCUGAGAAUACAAUGAGAAAAGAAGAGAAUGUUUAAAAGUGUUGAAUAACAAGGGUGUAGGUGUUUAAAGGUGAUUUUUCUUUUUUUUUUUGUGAAUUUGGGUCAAUGUUUUUGGCUCUGACUGUGAAUCACACUUAGGUUAUUUUAGAUAAACGGAUUUCUCAGUAAAACUGUAAAUAAGAGUGUCAGACAUUCAAAGAUAACGUCCAUGAAUGUCUGGAUUUAACCCACAGUCUCACAGAGUUUCAAAGAGUCUCACUGAGGAGUAGAGGAGAAAAAAUGAAAGAAACGUUUCGAUUUGUUCGCUUUCAGAACUGAUAAAAAACCUGUUGAUCAGAUAUUAAUCAGUUGUUUACAUUUAUAGCUCUUUCUUUGUCAGUUUAGUUUCAGUUUUUUAUGAUCAUUUCCAGUCUCUGUCUCCAGUGUGCUGUUACCAUAGUAACAGGAGUGGCUCUUAAAGUGCAGGUGUGUGUGUCUAUUCACCUGUCGGAUAAAGUUAAUCUGUUUCAGGUGUAGAUUCAGUUGUUAUUCUCUCACUCUGUCUUAGCCUACCUCUCCUGCAUCAGCACUCACCUGUUGGCCUUUAACUUCAACCUCUGACCUUUAAACCUAUCAAAAAAUCUGAACACUGCUGUGCAGGAAACAAGACUGAAGAAAACCUGAUCAGCUUUUUCAGCCCACAAGCCUGAUCUGGGUCCAGGGUAUCUGCAGACAGAGUCCUGAACAGAACACUGGUCUUUUGCUGAAUUUACAGAGCUAAAAUAGACAAAGAUAAGAAGUUACUGUAAAAAUGUCCUCAGCUUAUUCCACCUCACGCAGACCAGCUGACAUUGAAAUAACACUCAUAAAAACCCUGUGCAUGCUCUAAUGCUCAUUACACUGUCAGUUUACUGAGGAGGAGUCAGUUCAGUAUGCAGAAAGGCUCAGCAAUGACAGCAGAGAAAUGUCAGAGCUCAAAAUAGAGAUGGGCCAUAAAUCAGAUUUUACUAACAAUUAUGGGCCUAACACCAUCAUAAAAAUACAAUGAGUGAUCAAAUCCACAGUGAGGAGAAGAAGAGAGGAGAACAGGGAGAGGAGGAGGAGGACAGAGGAGAGAGAGGAGAAAUCACCUCACAGCUGUCAGCCUAGAAUCUUCAUUCUGAAUCGUCCUUAAACUCUGAGUCUUGAGGUUUUAAAGGAGUGAAGCUUUUCAAUGUAAACCGUAAAAGAGUAAAAUCCUUCAGUUUAUAUGACACGGUGUAAAAAUACUAUACUACUUAUACUGUAAAAUUACUAUUAUCUGUGCAGCUCUUGGAGUCCACGACAAAUUCCUCCAAGGGGACGAUAAAGUGUAUUGUAUUUGUAUCGUAUCGUAUCAUAUUGUAUCAUAUCGUGUAUCAUAUCGUACUUACAGUGAAAUCUGGCAUAUAAUUAAGUGAGUAUUAUCAAUAAAAGUAACCGUUAUAUUCCCUCUAUGUGCCGUGGUUUGAUUAGUCUGUCCUGUCCUCUGUAAUAAUCAGCCAUAUAAAGGCUAAAACUUAACUGUAGAUGUUUGUUUCCACAGACUGACAUUAAAGCCCUGACGUUGUUAACACCAUGUUUGUAUUCGGUCUGUUAGUUUGUUCAGUUUACAGCCGCCGCCCUAAAAGAUUCAGAGUCAGAAGUUUAGCUGAAAUCUCAGUUAAAAAAAGUUCCCCCUGACAGGCUCUGAUCUGAUAGAUACAGAUAUUUUACAACCAAAGCAGAAUUUUCACAUGGAAAAGUAUUUUAUAGAGCAGAACAUUUGGACUGCAGAUGAAUAUUUCUUCAACCUUUUUAUUUUUAGACUUUCUCAGAACUAAAGCUGAGGAACCGGAGAGAGAAAAAUGAAGUAGAGUGUUUGUCCGUCUGUGUGUGCAAGUUUCAGUUUUCAUUCAGCUUUGACUGAAACCUUAAGUUUCUUGUUUUUUUUGUUUGUUUGUUUUUUUGUUCUGUGUAAAUUUUGAAGUUCAGGUUCUCUCCUGAAGAAGUUGGAAAAUAAAGUUUAAGCUUUUCUGUUAUCAUUAAACUCUCAGUGCUGCCUCAGUCAGAGGCGGGGUUAUUGAGCAGGAACCGUAGAUAUAAAGAAGAACUGAAGAACUGCACCCUGAUUUUUACUGAAAGUGAAACCUAUAUAUCGUCCUUUUCCAUAUUUAGUCAAACACAAAGUCUGUACUCGCCAACAUCAACCUGAAGCAGUUAAUAAAACACAUCAGGGGGGCUUUGACAUCAUGAUUAGAUCAGUCUCAGUCCUCCUGAAGCUGCUGUCAGAGUCCAGCUUCUGUAACAUGGAGGUUCAUUCAGAGUCUGGGUUCAUUAAAGGGUUAAUGAGGAGUUUUAUUUCUGAUCUGAGAGUUCAGGACAAUAACAAAAGUCUGAAUAUAAUCCAGGUCUACACACAGAGAACAGAGACUCUAGUGUUUGAUACUCUGAGCUACAGCUGAUGCUUCAUCUGGAUCCUCUCUGUUUUUUUUGUUACCAAAAUAAAAGCUCUGAAUCACAUGGCCAGAUUACAGAAUGAGGUCCCUUCAGUUUCACUUCUCUUUCUGCCUCUUUCACUCUCUCCCUGACUGAGUGACUCGCCCUUUGCUGCAUAUUUUCACUUUCAUGUUCAGACAGGUACAGGUGACAGGUACAGGAACAGGUGUGUCAUCAAACCGUCAGUCUGUCUGAAAGUACAGGGGGAAUAACAUUCAGCUCUAAAUCUAGAAGACAGUAAGGGUGUGUUCUUAUUAGGCUGUAGUUGUUGGUCUCCAAUUCUGAACUCCUGUAGAAUUUUUCCUUAUUAAAAUCUGACUUUUUAAUUGACAUCAGACUUUAAUCCCUCAGAUAUCUGUGUGGUGUAUGUGAGCCUUACUGUUUCAGUUUAAGAUGUUUACUCAGUAAAGUUAGCCAGCUUACUUGCAGCUCUUAUUUGUGGACCUGUCUCUGUUUCCUCUGCAGCUCCUAUUCUGUAGAACCGUCUCUGUUCCCUUUGAGGCUUUUAUUUUGAACACUUCUCUGUUCCCUUUGAGGCUUUUAUUUUGUAGACCCGUCUCUGUUUCCUCUGCAGCUUUUAUUUUGUGGACCUUUCUCUGUUCCCUUUGAGGCUUUUAUUUUGUAGACCUGUCUCUGUUCCCUUUGAGGCUUUUAUUUUGUAGACCUGUCUAUGUUUCCCCUGCAGCUUUUAUUUUGUAGACAUGUCUCUGUUUUCUCUGAAGCUCUUAUUCUGUCGACCUGUCUCUGUUUUCCCUUUGAGGCUCUUAUUGUGUAGACCUGUCCCGUAUCCUCUUGAGGCUUUUAUUUUGUAAGCCUGUCUCUAUUUCCUGUGCAGAGAAGAUGUUCCAGUCUCACUCUGAACCUGGUCAUAGGUUUAUGUAUUCUUACAUCAGUCUAUUGUCAGUGUUCAGGGUUAGUUUGGUGUAUCUGGCUUGUCUCUCCUCAGCCCUCUGCACACCGGUACCUGACUGACUGACCUGUUGUCUCAGCUUUUCAGUCAGCUGAUUGAAUACUAUAAGACGGUCAGUUUGUGGGUUAUUGAUGAUGAUGCUCACAGAUACAGCAGGACUGACUGCUGCACUUCCUUCAAAAGUCUUGCAGCAUUUCUCAAAGUUAAUAUUUGGACUUGAGAGCUCUGAAAUCGGUUGUAAACAGCAGACUGUUGGAGACGGGAGGAUCUGAGGCAGAGUUACUGCAGAGGGACGCACAAUCUGUGGAGGGAGAUUCUCAGAUUUUGGUGCAGAGUCAAAUCUUCUCGUUGUCAAAGAGAGUGAGUGAGAGGAGUGUUAGUGAGAGUGUUAUCCUGUCUGACUCUCAGGGUUUCAAUCCUGAAGGUGUGAUCAGAGUCCCAUCAUCAUAUCUGUCACACUUUCUCUCAAUCUGGACGCUGAUGUAACAGAGAGAAUCCCAGUCAGCUGCUGAUAUACACCCUGUUAAUUCUGCGUCUGUGUCUUUUUCUGUGUCUUUGUCUGUGUCUCAGCCUGUGGAAGCCCCCUCCCCGAGCGAUGGCCUCACCUGUCUCAGUCUAUAACUCCAACGCCUUGGACACACACAUCUCCAGCGUGAGUACUCCUGCUUUAUGAAGUAUUAACAGGUAUGAACAGGUAGGGCUCUGCUGUCGCUGUCCCCGCAGAGACACUUUAUAAUAAUGCAUGUCCUGUAGAUUUGACUGUCUGUGGAUGAAGCAGGCCUGAGCUCCAGCGACAUGUGAUGGUUAGCAGGAAAACAGACUUUACAAAUGUCAUUAUAUCGCCACAGUCGAGCUGUGGUCAGUAAAAAGUUCUCAGAACAUUAUAAACUCAGUCAGCUGAUGGUGUGAAGUCUUUGUCAGUUACACAAAUCAGAAAAACAUCACCAAUAAAAACUGAGAGAGACAAACUCUGAGAGAUUAAAGAGUUUUCAUCUGAACAGGACAAACAUAAAAACACAUUUCUCUGUUUUUACUGAAGAAGGAGAGAAUAAACAUGAGCCUGCAGUAUAGUAUAAACUCUGAGAUGUUGACAUGAAAAAUGUGAAAUCAAAGUUAAAUAUGAGUUAUUCUACAGAGCAGCAGGGUGAAGGUCAGUGUCUUAGAUCCUUCAGUUCAGACUUUGUCAGUUUAACGUCUCUAAAUAAUGACCUCAGUGAGAAACCUGCUCACAUCCAAAUAAGAGUUUAAUUCAAGUUCAAACAGAGUCUCUCCUGACAGACAUUAACUAAAGGUUCAUCUGAUCUAUGGAAGUGUGUUUGUGUCUCAGACGUCUAGAGAGUCUCUGAAGAUGGAGCUGCUGUCUGAUGUGUCUCUGCUGCCAGGAGAGGAGAGGAUCAUGGGUAAGAACACCAUGCUUAGCACACGGUUAAUACACACACGAACAGAAGGACAUGGAUAAGGAUAUGAAAAGGAGAACAUGUAGAAGAGAUAUCUGGAGAAGGACAUCUAGAGGAGAAUAUGUAAAGGAGGACAUGUAGAGGGGGCAUGUAGAGGAAACCAUGUAGUGAAAGAAAGGUAGAGGAGAACAUGUAGAGGGGGCAUGUAGAGGAAACCAUGUAGUGAAAGAAAGGUAGAGGAGAACAUGUAGAGGGGGCAUGUAGAGGAAAACAUGUAGUGAAAGAGAAGUAGAGGAGAACAUGUAGAGGGGCAUGUAGAGGAAAACAUGUAGUGAAAGAAAAGUAGAGGAGAAAGUGUAGAGGGGAUAUGUAGAGGAGAACAUGUAGUGGAGGACAUGUACAAAAGAAAACAUAGAGGAGACAUCUAGAGAAAGGCAUGUAGAGGGACAUAGAGGGGAGAACAAAUAGAGGAGACAAUGUAGUAUAGGACACGUAGAGGGAGCAUGUAGAGGAGAACAUGUAAUGGAGGACAUGUACAGAAAAACACAUAGAGGUGACAUCUAGAGGAGAACAUGUAGAGGGGACAUAGAGGGGAGAACAUGUAGAGGAGAAAAUGUAGUGGAGGACAUGUAGAGGGAGCAUGUAGAGGAGAACAUGUAGUGGAGGACAUGUACAGAAAAACACAGAGGAGACAUUUAGAGAAGGACAUGUAGAGGGUACAUAGAGGGGGGGACAUGUAGAGGAGAACAUGUAGAGAAGGACAUCUAGAGAAGAACAUGUGAAGGGGACAUAGAGGGGAGAACAUGUAGAGGAGACAUCUAGAAAAGCCAUCUAGAGGAGAUCAUGUAGAGGAGGACAUGGGUAAGGACAUAUAGAGGAAGAUAUCUAGAGGAGAACAUGUAGAGGGGAAUGUAGAAACAAUGACAGAGAAGAGACAUCUAGUGGAGAAGGACAUCUAGUGGAGGACAUGUAGAGAAGAAAAUGCAUAGGAGGACAUUUAGGAGGACUUGCAGAGGAGGACAUGUAGACUGUCACAUUUCUCUGUUUUUGGUUGACAGUGAAACAGAACCAGGUUCAUAAGAAUCACAGAUGGACCUGUUCAGAAUCUGUACUCACAUAUACAGAUGAGGAGAUCACUAGAGUUGACUUAGAGAGUGCCUCGCUCAGUCAAGCUGGUAGAGUCUGAUAUGCAGUCAUGAGUUGGUUUUAUUCUGGUCUCUCUCAGUCAUACUGAACUCUCAGAUGUAUUUUAAGCUCUCUCUGCUGCUCUCGCCUCUCUUCUUCUUUCUGCUUCCUCUGCACGUGCGCUGAUCUGAGCUCUCACUGAACCCAGUCCACCCAAAAUACGACAUUAACUGCAGAGUGAGAGAUAGGCACGCUGCACCUUGAGACCAGCUGGCCCUGAGAAAGUGGACUAAAGUGUGUUUUUGUACCUGUUUUCAGAUAAAGACGUCAUGUACAUGUGUCCAUAUAAUGGAGCGGUGAAAGGGAAAGUGCUGAUCACCAACUACAGACUCUACUUCAAGAGCUCAGACGCUGUAAGUCCCCCUGACCCCACCAGAACCACCAGAUAUUCACUCUGAUUCUCAGAUGUUCACUCUGAAGACGAAGGACUGACCCCGGGACAAAGAAACAGCUGAGAGUCCAACAGACUGUAACAUUAACCAGGUUUUAGUCUGUGGAGUCCAUCGUUUUUUAAAUACACUUGAAAAAGACUCAUCAGGUUAGAUUACCGGGUACGAGCCAGACUUAAGUGCUAAACAAGAUCCUUUAAAACAACAUCAUCCUGGGAUAGAUCAAGAUAACCAGCAGUUAAAACAAGAUCAUCCAGGACAAACUGAAACUAAGUUAUAACAACAAAGAGUCAAAGAGUAGAACAAGAUAAUCCUAAUGUUUUGUUUGUGUGAUUGCUUUACAAAGUUGUGUUUUUUGAUGGCGUGCUGUUUCCUGCAGGACGUGGCGGUGAUGUUGGAUGUCCCUCUGGGUGCUAUCAGCCGGGUGGAGAAAAUGGGCGGGGCUUCUAGUAGAGGAGAAAACUCCUACGGCCUGGACAUCACCUGCAAGGUAAGUGUGUGUGUGUGUGUGAGAGAGAGUUGUUCCUGUAAUGAGAUGAUGAAUAUGUUUGUGCUCCUUAGCCUGGUCCAAGUUAGCAGCUCUCAGCUGUCAUGAUCAGCAUCAGAUACUGGUGUCCUCUGGAUUAACUGAUGGAGGUGAAGCUUAGUGUAGUUUAGUGUAUUUAUGUGACAUUUAGUGUAGUUUUUUGGAGUUAAGUGUAGUUUGGUCUAGUUCAGUGUAGUUAAGUGUACUUUAGUGAGGUUCAUUGUAGUUUAGUGUAGUUUUUUGAAGUUUAAUGUAGUUCAGUGUAGUCUAAUGUAGCUAAGUGCAGUGUUUUGAAGUUAAGUGUUGUUUGGUCUAGCUCAGUGAAGCUUAGUGUAUUUUUUUAAGUUUAGUGUAGUUUAGUGUAGUGUUUUAAAGUUAAGUGUAGUUUGGUCUAGUUCACUGUAGUUCAAUGUAGUCUAAUGUAGCUUAGUGUAGUUUUUUGAAGUUUAGUGUAGUUUAGAGUAGUGUUUUGAAGUUUAGUGUAGUUUGGUCUUGUUCACUGUAGUUUACUGUGGCUUUUUAAAGUUUAGUGUAGUUUGGUCUAGUUCACUGUAGUUUACUGUGGCUUUUUAAAGUUUAGUGUAGUUUGGUCUAGUUCACUGUAGUUUAAUGUAUUUUUUUUAAGUUUAGUGUAGUUUUAUAAGGUUUAUUGUAGUUUGGUCUAGCUCAGUGUAGUUUAGUGUUGUUCAGUGUAGUCCGGUGUAGUAUAGUGUAGUGUAGUUUGAUGGAGUUUAGUGUUGUUUAGUGUAGUUGCCUGAGGAAAAAUGUGUGGGAGGAAAAUCAGAUUCAUGGAUUUAAAUGUGGAGAUAGAUCUGUGGAUCAUUAAUUGAACUGUGUGUUUGUUUCUGAGUGUCUAAAUUGUCAUGUUUUUGGUCAUACCUGUGUCUGUUUUUGUGUCUGUAUGGUUUUAUAUUGUUAUGUUGUUGGUGAUACCUAUGUGUGAUUUUUUUAUGUCCAGGACAUGAGGAACCUGAGGUUUGCUCUGAAGCAGGAGGGUCACAGCAGGAGAGACAUCUUCGAGCUGCUCUUCCGACACGCCUUCCCUCUCUCACACGGACAGGUGAGGAAACCGCUGACCUCUGCUGACUGUAGGCUGUCUUUACUGCUCUUUGCUGCCCCCUGCUGACCCUGUGAGGAGCGUAAGAAACCUGAUCAUUGGCUCAUUUGAUAACAGAUAUUACAGACAGCUGUAGGCCCAUUUUCUCAGCCUGUUUGAGCCAGGGACAGAUCCUGGAGGACAGAGCAGGAUCAACAGUUAGUACUGUCUUCAAACAGAACGUGGUCUGUGUUUAUUAUUUAGAGCCAGAAACCAUCAGGUGCACUCAUUCUACUCUCAUUCCUGCAUUUCUGUCACAGCUCAGUAUGAACACAGAAACACUCAAACAGGGAGAUUCAGAGCUGCAGCCUCCUCAUGCUGACACAUAGCUAACCGCCCACACUGCAGCAUCCUCAGCUGAGAUCUGCUGAGAGGAAACCAGAGCUGCUGCAACGCUGCUGCACACAAAGGAGACCUUCACAUCAGCCUGUUAGGACACCUGUUCAGCUUUAGCCUCAUCAUGUUAUUCAUGAGGGGCUACAGGACUGUGAGACGACCAGCUGUGUGUGAGCAUCAGAACAGUAAAGACCUGAAAGACUGUGACAGUGUUCAUUUCUUAUAUUCCACUUAUAUUUAUUACAUUAAUGAGGGUCACAUGCGAGGAUUAAAGCUAUAGGACAUAGAAACGGAAUUUUCAAUGAUCAGUCAGAGUCUAGAUUAAAACACUCCCUUGCUCACCCCUCCUGCCAGUGAUACUACGGUGGCCUCUGAGGACAAGAAGCUCAUGUGAUGCAUUAUCAGUCGAGUUUUGCCAUCAAAAACAUCCAUUAGUACAAGUAAUCAAAAGCCCACCAACCCCUCUCUGUAUGACAGUGUGUAAGAGUCACAGACAGACUCAUUACUGGACAUUGAAAAGUACAAAUUUGUCUUAUAUCCUUCAGUCAGUAGCUGUUUUUCCUGUUGUAUGUCGGGUUUAAAAAGACUGAAUAAGAGCAGUAGGUAAAAUCUAUGACAGGAGAAACUGUAAGGACAUAAAGGUGUUAAUGUGAGGAUCAGACAAAUUAUCAGUGUUUCUCUUAUCGGCUAAAUGUUCUUCUGCUGUAAAUCCUUCAUUUUCAGAGCUGCUGUCCGAGUGGACUCUGAUUUUUGCUGAUAGUUUCCAUAAGCUGCUGUGUGACCUUCGAAUCUGCACUCUGUGUGUUUUUAGUAAUGUUAUAUUGCAGGACAAUUAAAAUCUGCGGAAUCGUGUCUGACUCUAUCGCUGGUCUAAAUUUAGUCUCUGUCCUUCGUUUAGCCUCUGUUUGCAUACGUGACUCAGGAGAAGUACGAGGAGAACGGCUGGAACAUCUACAAACCCAUCGAGGAGUUCAGACGGCAGGUGAGCAGGAGCGCUGCAGUGUCAACUCUCAACGCAGGUGUGUUCAUAAAUCAGGGAGGCAGACAGAGAGAGGAGCUGAGGUGAGAGAUCCGGCUCCUGAAUGAUCUGGUUUGAGUUUUAAAGAACAAAAACAACAAAUUCUGAGUGUAACGUUGAUUCACACUACUCCAUGUUCGCGCUCUUAUUUCUAUUUCAGAUCCAACUUUAAAAACAUUUUCACUUUCUGCUCAUUAAAAUCUAAAAAACUAAAAAAAUAUCUAUAUUACUCCAAAAAGUGAAGGAGCUGUGUGUUUGAUGAAAAACAUGUUUGAUUUUUGUGUUUUUUCCAUAAUCACAAGAUUUGAAUUCUUUAAAUAACCGCUUAACUGAGAUAGAAUACCGCCGCAGAACCACAGGAGUGGUUUUAUCUCAGAGGUUUGAAGCGUCCCAGCUCUUUGACUUUCUUCCUCUGACUGUGUUUUCAGGGCUUACCCAACAAUAAGUGGAGAAUCACAUUCAUCAAUAAGAACUACGAGCUGUGUGACACCUACCCCACCGUGCUGGCUGUGCCCUAUAAGAGCAAAGAGGAAGACCUGAGGAGGGUCGCCGCCUUCAGGUCCAGAGCACGCAUACCGGUGAGUACAUCAGAUUUGACCAAUGAUCAGGACUCUACAGGAUCAUAAAAUCUGAUCAUGAUUGUCCGAUCAGGCUCCUUCGUCUGUGAUAACAUCAAUCUAGAGUUAAAUACUAUUAGGCCUGCUGACUUUAAUCACCUUAAUUUAACAUCAGUCAGAGGUCAGAGACGAUCAGAGGGUCUAGGAUCCUUUCCAUAUAGUGUCUAACUCCUUCUUGACCCUUUCACUGACUGUCUUUCCUGUAUCUAAUGUGUGUGCGCCUUAUUUGUGUUUAUGUGUGUGUUCGUGCUGCGUUCAGGUGCUGUCGUGGAUCCACAGGGAGAACCAGGCGGUGAUCGUGCGCUGCAGUCAGCCUCUGGUGGGGAUGUCGGGGAAGAGGAACAAAGACGACGAGCGUUACCUGGACCUGAUCAGGGAGGCCAACGACACCACCAAGCUCACCAUCUACGACGCCCGGCCCAACGUCAACGCUGUGGCCAACAAGGUAAGAGGACGCGGGGAGGUCAGAGGUCACAGCCUAACUGUGAUUAGACCUCAGUGUUGUUUGAUCUGACCUCCACCAGAUACUGAUAUAUCGUCCACUUUGAGGAGAUCUCGUCCAGCUUUACUGUGAUGGAGCAGCUUUAAACAAACAGUCUGUGAAAACAUGAAUAUUUGCGUCAUAAUAACAGUAAACAAGCUUUGUUCCUCUAAAAAUAACUGGUGUUAGAGCUAAGAACUGUAGGCUGAAGUUUAUUUCUGGUAAAUAGUCAGGACCAGCAGUGAAGACACUUUUCACUUUUAAAGAUGUUUAAAGAAACCGAUGGGCUCGUUUCUUUGGCGUGGACUGAAGUUUGAAGCUUCCCUCUAAAAGUUGAACUUCUGUUAAAGAGGAUUGAUCAGGUUUAUUAAUGACAGUUUGUGAUGAUCAGUGUUGGCCCUGACCCUGAACAGAUACUUUUUACAGACUCUGCAGAUGGAGCUGCUGAGUCUGCAGAAUGAUCUCUUGAGCAGAGAUACUGAACCUCAUUAUUUUUAUUUGUCAUAUUUGUUAAAAUAAAUUUUUUAAAAAAGAAAACUUAAACUGUGAGGCGUUUUCAAGGCAGAAAAUCAUAAAUCUUCACAGUCAGUCUGUGUUUGGGGGAAAUCCAACAUGUUAUUACAGCGCCACCUGCAGGUCAGUGAGUGUCAUUAAAUUCAAAUGCUUAGAGUGUAAGGCAAGUUUAUUCUUUCGCUCAGUUCAGGAGCAAAGCAGCUUAAUGUGAUGAACACAGACAACGAAAGAGUCAAUGCAGAGUUUUUAGAGGUCAGAAAUAAACACGGUGGAAGAAAACGUCUAAAAAAUCAUUCGAAUGGUUGAUUUUUGAAAACGAGAAACAAGAAAGGAAAAAAAAUGCAAAAACAGAAACCUAGAAUAUGUCUCUCUCUCUCUUUUUGUGCUUCUCUAGGCAACAGGCGGCGGGUACGAGGGGGACGAGUACCAGAAUGCCGAGCUGGUCUUCCUUGACAUCCAGAACAUCCACGUGAUGAGGGAGUCUCUGAAGAAGCUCAAAGACAUCGUCUACCCCAAUGUGGAGGAGUCUCAUUGGCUGUCCAGCUUAGAGUCCACACACUGGCUGGAGCAUGUCAAGGUGAGUGUGUCGGGAGCGGAGUCUCUUUAACAACCACCGACGGCGCCCCCUUCCUGAGUCUGACUUGUGUCUGUCUGUCUGCAGCUGGUGCUGUCAGGAGCCAUCCAGGUGGCCGAUAAGGUGUCAGGAGGGAACUCGGUGGUGGUUCACUGCAGUGACGGCUGGGACAGGACGGCUCAGCUCACCUCGCUCGCCAUGCUGAUGCUGGACAGUCACUUCCGCACGCUCAGAGGCUUUCAGGUAGGUUUACCUGCAGACUAACCCCUCGUACUGACAGAGCUCAAAGGGACAGAGAGGGAGCAGCAAGUAUUCUGACUGAAACAGAUCCACUGGUGGUGUUACAUCUGUGUGAUCUCCAGAAUGCAGCUCAGUCUAGGAGAGCUCAGUGUGCACAACCUCUGCUUUGUUUACAGUAAAUCAGCUCCAGACCUCAUCCUGGAGUUUGUUUCACUUUCUGGCAGAUGAACAGGUUUGUGUUUCAGGUGUUUGUGACGGAUUGAGUCUGUUUCUGUGUUUCAGGUUCUGAUCGAGAAAGAGUGGAUCAGCUUUGGACACAAGUUUGGCUCAGUAAGAGACGUUAUUAUUAUUGUAAACUCUGUCUGCAGUCUGGAGUGAAACUAUGAUCAGAGCUCUUUGAUAUCUGAAUGACAGGGAUUUUUGAUCACGUUUUGAAUCAUGUUUAAUGGUGUUUCUUCUGUGUGCAGAGGAUAGGACACGGAGACAAGAACCAUGCAGACCAGGACAGGUCCCCCAUUUUCAUCCAGUUUAUUGACUGUGUGUGGCAGAUGACCAAGCAGGUAAAUUUUGCACCUUUAAUUUACGUCCUCUGAACCAGAAUCAGAGUUUUUAUUCACAGACCGAAAUGAUUUACACCAUCUAAAUCCUGAGUUGGAUUAUAUGAAGCUGAAACAGAAAAAAUAUUUUUUCAAAUUAAAAGCGCAGAGGAAGCAGGAUAGGAAGCUGCUUUCGUGAGAACUUUUUUCACCUCUGAAUCAUCUCAGCCUCUUUUUCCCAUCUUUUAUUUCAGGGAAAACUUCAGAUUUGGUUUAUUUACACCCAGGACGAUGUUCUUAUUAAUAUUAUUUCUUUAUUUAUUAAUAACUAUUAAAAAAAAGAAGAAAAAAAAACAGAGCAACAAAAAUAUGCAGAAAAAAUAAGAUGAUCCAGGCCUCUGUGGGGGUCUGUGCUGAGGUUUCAGCCUCUCUGGGAUCCACGUUCACACAGAUCUCACCAGAGCGAUGACUCUUAAGCCACUGAGGGUAUCCUCCAGAGUCCUGCUCCACAUUCACACCUCUCCACUUUUCCUCCCCGUCUCUCAGUUUCCAACAGCGUUUGAGUUCAAUGAGCGCCUCCUGCUGACGAUCCUUGAUCACCUGUACAGCUGUCGCUUCGGCACCUUCCUCUACAACUGUGAGAGCGCGCGAGACCAGCACGUAAGACCUCACCUUAAAGUCGCCUGUUUGUCUGCUGCUUUAAUGUUUCUAUCUGAGUGUCAGUGAACGCCUCACAGCCCCUCUCCUCAGCAUCAGUGUGUUGGUGAAUGCCUCACAGCUCCUCUCUUCUGUGUCUGCAGGAGCUGCGGUCGAAGACGGUGUCUCUGUGGUCUCUGGUCAACAGUAAGAUGGAGAACUAUUUAAAUCCGUUCUACACUCCUGAGUCCGGCAGAGUCCUGUAUCCUGUUGCCAGCAUGCGCCACCUAGAGCUGUGGGUGACUUACUACAUCCGCUGGAACCCUCGUAUACGACAGCAGGUAUGAGAGAUGAUGAUGAUAACCAGAACUUUAUGAACGGCACCACCCUCCUCUACACCUAAACCAGGACCACCUUGUGUCUAAUGUCUCUCUGAUCUGUGUCCCUGCAGCAGCAGAGUCCGGUAGAGCAGCGUUAUAAGGAGCUGUUGGCCCUCAGAGACGAGUACUUGAAGAAGCUGGAGGAGCUGCAGCUGUCUGACUCCUCCCCCUCCCCACGGCUGGCCAACAGCCCCGCCCCUAACUCCUCCACCUCCCCUUCCUCCCCUCCGUCACAACAGUACACACACCUACACACUCCGCUCUGA